GAAGCUCAGGAAGUGACUUGAGUUCUAACUAUGAGCUCAGUUUAACAAAACAAUGUGUUAUAUGUAUUUCAUGCUGAAGCACUGGGGCUUAAAUGAGAGCUUGCAUGGUUAUGCGGCUGCAGGAGAACUGGGUGUGCAGAGCUGAUUAAGUGAAAUGGUCAGAUAAGCCUGUUCCAGUGACACAGACAGUCAGGAUCAAAGUCUACAGGUAUGGCUGAAGACUGUCACCUCAGUGGCUUCACACAGACCCAGCCAGAUAAAGACCUUUGCAUACUGCUGCAUCACCAGUAGACUCUCUUUGCAUAUCCUGUCUCUCUCUCUGUGUCUCUGUGUCUCUGCCUGUCUGUCUGCUACAGGCAGUACAGUCAAUGAAGGAAGGAGGGAGGGUGAACUCGAGGCAGGCAGACAUAUAUUACAACAAGGCUUGACUAAGCGGUGCUGUCUCCAUGUGGAUCACUGCCAGACACAGAGAGACAAGUUGUCAAUGAGGAGCUGCUGCAGUUGUUUGGUUGAAACUUUAGCUGGAGUUCAUAUCAGGCGGUUACAGGCUGAAUGACAGCGAGCAGGGCGGAAUCGGUUCCUCUUUGCUUCUGGUUUAAUUCCCAGCUCUGUGCUCGGUACAUGGCGACGUUUGUGAGCGUGAUUCAACUUAUUUCCAAUGAGCGCAAGUCGCAGCUUGUGUGAAGUUCAUCAUCAUCAUCAUCUUCAGGGGCAGCAGCGGCAGGAGCAGCAGCAGAGUAAGGAGAGGACCUUUUAAGGAGCUGAGUUGGAUUAUUGUUGCGCAGCAGAGGAGUUUUUCUUUCCCCCGUUGUAGUUUUAUUUCCACCACCAGAGGAAGUUAUGACUUCGGUAUGGAAGAGACUGCAGCGAGUCGGUAAAAAGGCUUCAAAGUUUCAGUUUGUUGCCUCCUACCAGGAACUGGUGUUGGAGUGUACAAAGAAAUGGCAACCAGACAAGCUGAGGGUGGUGUGGACCAGGAGGAACAGGCGCAUGUGCUCCAAGCUCCACAGUUGGCAGCCUGGAAUCAAGAACCCCUACAGGGGCAUGGUGGUGUGGCCUGUUCCAGAGAACAUCGACAUCUCUGUUACACUCUUCAAGGAGGCCACUGCCGAGGAGUUUGAGGACAAAGAGUGGACCUUUGUCAUUGAGGGUGAGAACAAGGGGCAUCGUAAGGUGCUGGCGUCAGCAGACAUCAACCUGAAGCGGUUUGCAAGUCCGACGCCAACCCAGACUGACCUGACGCUCCAGCUGAAGCCGCUGUCUGUCAAAGUGGUGGAAGCGACGCUCAAGCUGUCACUGUCCUGUGUCUUUGUUCGAGAGGGGAAAGCCACUGAUGAAGACAUGCAGAGUCUGGCCAGCCUCAUGAGCGUCAAACCCACAGAUAUUGGCAACCUGGACGACUUCAAUGAGAGCGAUGAAGAGGAGGACAAGAAGUCUGGCACUGCUACAGUCGUUCCACACACUCUAACCCGCCCGAAUCGCCCUGCCCCCCCUCCACCUGACAAGCGAGACUCCGCUGGACCCACUUUCCCAGCCUCAGCCGGUGGGCAUGAUGGCGUCAACUCCCGCCCUCCUCUACCUAUUGCUCCUCGUCCCUCGCCCCGUCGCAGCCGACACCCCUUCACCACUGCCCCUGUGCAGUCAGAGAUCCAACCUUCCCCCUCCCCUCAGCCCUCACCCAGAGCCAAGCAUAAAAAAUCUGCCAACCCUCUUCUCCCUGAGGCUCCUGCUUCCUCUGACCUGUUACCUAAACCUCCGAGCUCCCAGUUUACAGCACCUACUCCCUCAAUCCAGAAUGCCCCUUCUGAUGUAUCUGCCAAAUCCUCCAAUGCUUCCCAAAACAUUUCUCCUUCCCUUCCUCCUCCUCUGUCUCCCAUAUGCUCUGAAUCUUUGCCCACUUCACCUGCAGCCUCAGAGGAGCCGUCUUUAGCAGCGCCCUCUAUUCCCCUGAAUUCCUCUUCAGAUACCCCCUCUAAACUGCCCUCUAAGCCACCCAGUGCCCCUGAAACAGGCAUCACCUCAUUUCCACCCAAACUUCCCUCCCCUGCAUCGUCAUCACCCCAGGAUAUCAUAACACCACCCUCUACGACUCCACAAAAGUCCUCCAUCACUGUAUCCACCACUCUCACCCAUAAGACCAUCUCCACCGCCUCCCAUCUUCCCCCAUCCAAAUCCUCCUCUCCCCUAAAUCCCACCCUGUCCUCUGAGCCUCCAUCCGCUCACCCUCCAUUCACCCGGACUCUCUCUCAGCCACCCUCUCUGCCCAGAAUCUUCCAGUCAGGCUCAGGAAAAGUUCCUGUUUCACAUCAACGGCGCCCCCCAGAGGCUCAAACAGCAGAUGCUCUGACUUCAGUUUCUGGCCGUUCUCACAUUUUCAGACCUCAGCUUGUCAAGUCAAUCGCCCGCCCCUCCUCUCCCUCUCCUUUUGCCGCUGAUGCCCCCCCUCUUGAGUUGACACCUCCUCUCCCCAAAUCUCUCCCCUCUAUCUCAGAGUCUGAUAACCACUGUGAAAAAUAUGUGCUUCCUGCAGGUGCGCAGGGGGCGUGGUUGACAUCUGGUAGUGACAUCACUCCCGUCCCUCUGCUGAGCAGUCCUGACCUUGAUGCCCUCUGUGACCCUGUGGCUCCAGCACUUACUGCUUCCCUUCCACGUUCCUCACCCCCUCGCUCCUCUUCUCUUUCCACCUCUGUUUUAUUCUCCUCUCCUCACGCUAAGCUCGUUGUUUCUCCCUCUGCACCUCCUGCUCUAAUCAGCUCCUGUCAGUCAGGCUCGACGUUCCCCCAGGUAGACAAGGAAGCAACUCCGAGCCCUGUGAGCCGAGACAACGGUUCUCCUCAUAACAACCAGGCGGGGGCCAACAUCAGCGCAGCCAAGGAUUCAAAGGCGGCCGUCACAGAAAACAAAGCUGAACCAGCAAGAAUCAGUCCUGCCCAGUCACGCUCAGAGCUGAUAGUAGCCCCGCCCCCUCCGUGGCCCUUCUCCUGUGAGAGCUCCACCCCUCAGCAGCCCUCCACCAAUGUUGUGGCGGCGUUUAUCACUCCUAAACAGCCAGUCGCUCAGAUGGAAGUUGAUUUGAUAAAGCCGACCAAUGAGUCGAGUCUUAUUUGCACCUUUAAGGCCGAAAAGCCGCCACUGGCAAAGCCUGAGCCUGAGCCUGACUUUGAUGACAUCAUCUUUGAGUCAUUAAACCAGAGAGGAGAAUCAGGGGGCUUAUUUGUGGAUGAGGAUGACUCUAAGCGGGAUACUAUCAAAAGGUGUCCUCCAGGUCUUGAACAGAAAACCAAUGAAAAGGCCGGUGGAGAAAAGCCGUCGCUGACAGAGCAGUUAGAAGGAGCAGCGGCAGAGAAGGAGGUGAUGAUGAAGGCAGAGCAGGAGAAACAGAGGAAAAAGGAGGAGGAAAGGAGGAGGAAGGAGGAAGAGCAAAAAGUGAUGCUCCAGAAGCAGGAAGAGAGGAGAAAACAUGAGGAAGAGAGGAAGAGACUAUUAGAGGAGGAGAAGAAGAGGCUCUUGAAAGAGGAGGAGGAGGCCAAGAAGGAGAAUGAGAGAAGGAAAUCCGAGGAGGAGAGACUCUUGAAGGAGAGGAGGGACAAACAGGAGAAGCUGAGAGAGGAAGAGGAGAAGAGGAAGCGGGAUGAGGAGGAGAGGAGGAAGAAAGAGCAGCAGAGGAGACUCCUGGAGGCCGAGGAGGAAAAGGAAAAACUAAGAAGGGAGGAAGAGAGGAGACUUGAGAGAGAGAAAUUCUUGAGGAAAAUGAAAGAGGAGGAGGAGAAAAGGAUGGAGGAGAAGAGACUGUUUGAGGAGCAAAGAAGGAAGAGGGAGGAAGAGCAAAAGAGGCUUCUGGAGGAGGAAGAGAGGAGAAAGGCGGAGGAGAAAUGCUUGAAGGAAGAAAAAGAGAAGGAGCAACAGAAAAUGAAAGGGGAGGAAGAGGAGAAGAAACAUCUUCAGGAGGAGGAGAGGAAGAAAAAUGAGGCAGAGAAAGAGAGGAAGAGGCAGGAGGAGGAGGAGAGGAGGAAAGAGGAAGAGAGAAAGAUAAAGGUGGCAGAGGAGGAGAGGAAGAAGAGGGAGGAGGAGAGGAGAGUCAAAGAGGCAGAGGAGAGAAGAAAGAAGGAAGAGGAAGAAAAGGCGAGAGUACUCAAAGAGGAGAAGGAGAGGGAGGAGAGGAGGAGAAAAGCGGAGGAGAAAAGACUUGAAGAGGAGGAGGAGAGGAGGAAAGAGAAACUCUUGAAGGAGCAAAAAGAAAAGGAGAGACGGCUGCAAGAGGAGCAAAGAAGACAAGAGGAAGCAAAGAAAAAGGAGGAGGAACAGAAGAAGAAACUUCUACAAGAGAAAGAGGAGAUGGAAAGAAGAAAGAAGAGGGAGGAGGAGGAAGACAAGAGGAGGAAGGAGGAGCGAGCAGCUCUGGUCUGCCGUCUGGAGGACAACAAGUCAGAUGAGGACAAGCAGAAGAUGAAAACUCGGGUUUCUCUUUCAUCUUUGCCACCACUUCCUGCUCCCCACCUCCCUCCUCCGGACAAAACCAGCGUUACAUCCGAACAGCUGCCCUCACAAAUUCUCAGCCAAUCACAAGACAGAAAGACGACGCCUCAGUCGGUCAAUAAACCGAGCUCUGCCUCCAGUGAGCGUCUGGAACAAGCCUCUCUCUUAAAGGAAGGUUCAUUGUCAAACAUUGUUGUCCCGCAAAAGAAAGUAUCUGCCACAUGUACUCCACCUGGCAUCCGAUCAGGCCCCACUGUUCAGGAUAGACCGUUCGCAUUAGAGGUGUUGACCCUGGUGCCACCUCCACAGAGGCUGUCUGAGGCUCCUCUCUGGGAAGCGCUAGAAGGGAGAAGUGGGAGAGAUACACCUGAAAAAAUCUCUGCCGAGGAGGGUGCAAAACCUUUGUGCAGAGGCUCACACAGAGAAGAUGCUGCUGAGGUGGACAGCACUGUCAGGCAAACAAAAGACUCAGAAACACAUCAUAUAGUACCAUCUCCUCCUGAACCCUGCGCACCAUCAGUUAAAGAGGAGCCCAAAGAGCCAGAGGGACCCUGCAUGGAGCCUGCAACAUCACCCAAGGUUUCCCCCAAACCAACCAUCGAGCGCUCGGCUUUGGCGCUUGAACCGCUGCUUCCCUCAAAACCAGAACCAGGAUUGCGGCCGGAACCAGUUCUCCAGCCGUCAGGAAAACCACAACAGGGGGGAGCAGAUGAGGAGAAACCAGUCGAGGUCAUGGCUGGUGGUCAGGAGAGAUCCAUCAACAAUAAGGAGCCAGUGUGCGAGGCAGAAAAGCAGCUGUGGGCGACGGUGGAGGAGACCACAGUGGAGACAGGAGCGGAAAGAGGGACGGAAAGUAGUGAGAGCGCUGAAGAGAAGGAUGAGAAGCAGGAGGAGGGUGGUGUAACAGGGGGCUACGAAACAGUGGCUUCCAUCCUGCAGACUACUGGACCCACUGAUGCAGGUCCUCCACAGUGCUCUGCAGACCAACCGGGCCUCCUCAUAAGGAAUGAAGAUCCAUCUUUACAUGAAGCACAUGCAGAGACUCUGCCUUCUUCUGAGCCAGAUGAUGAGACACUGGUUCACAUUUCUCCACCCACGGCCUUCUCUGACACAACAGAAAACCAGAUGAUCAGUGAACAGACUAGAUUAGCUCAGAAACCUUCACACGGGCUGAGUCUGGUGGCGAGUCUGAGACUGGCAGCCAGUGAGCAUGAGAAGGAGAGGGAGCAGGAGAGGGAGAGAAGGGAGAAGGAAAGGAUAGAAAACAUGAAGAGGGAGGAACGAGAGAGGGCAGAGAGAGAAGAGGCAGAGAGGAAAGAGAAAGAGAGGGCGAAAAAAGAAAAGGAGCAGAGACAGAGGUUGGAAAAGGAGAAAGAAGAGAUGGAGAGAAAGAGGAUGGAGAGGGAAAAGGAGGAGGCGAGAAAGAGGCUGGAAAAGGAGAAGGAAGAGAUGGAGAGAAAAAGGAUAGAGAGGGAAAAGGAGGAGGCGAGAAAGAGGCUAGAAAAGGAGAGAGAAGAGAUGGAGAGGAUGAGGAUGGAGAGGGAAAAGGAGGAGGAGAGAAAGAGGUUGGAAAAGGAGAAGGAAGAGAUGGAAAGAAAGAAGAUAGAGAUGGAAAAGGAGGAGAAGAGAAAGAGGCUGGAAAAGGAAGAGAUGGAGAGAUUAAGGAUAGAGAGGGAAAAGGAGGAGAAGAGAAAGAGGCUGGAAAAAGAGAUGGAGGUACUAGAGAUGAAGCAAAGGGAGGAGAGGGAAAAGGCAGAGAAAGAAAGGAAGCAGCAGGAAGAAAAUGAGGAGAGGAAGAGAGAGAUGGAAAGGGAGGGGAAGAGGAGGGAAGAGGAGGAUAGAGUGAGGCAAAGGGAAGAGGAGAGCAAAGGAGAGAAACCACAACAGAAACAAAAGAUCAUUUCUGGCUCUACGUCACUGCAAAAGAAACAGGAAGUCAUGAACAGCCAAUCAAAUGACUGGCCUCCUCUGAGGGAAGCAGAGUUGGAUGAUAUUGCAUAUGAUGAGAGGCUGCAGGGUGAUGAAGAGCUGCCAGAGAGCAAGUCCAAAUCAGUGAAAAUGAAUACUGAAGUCAAACUGGUUUCAACCAGACCUGCUGAUUCUGUUCCUGCAGCCAAACCAACAAGCAAACUCGACUCCAGAUCAGUCAAACCCGAGGACUCUGUAACUGCUGUAAAGAAAGCCCUGGAAAACCCUGCUCUGAGAUCAGAUAAAAAAGGCAAAUCCAACCUGAAGUCUGGUUCCAUCCCGGUGUGGUUGAGAGAGGAGGAGGAGGAUGAGGAGGUGGAGUAUGAGAGAGGACAGGAAGAUCUUGGCUCAGUUUGGCUGGCUGAGCUGUACAUGGAGGGGGAAGCAGGGCUAAAAGGCCAACCAGCUGACGUCCCGGAUGGUUUAGAGAAGAAACCACCAUCGCAGCUUGAAGUUACCCCCAGUGGUAAACACACUGACAUACACAUCACUCCUCCCCAUCACUGUGAGAGGGCAACAUCUCGACUUCCUACGUUACCAGAAGAAGAAACCUCUGACCUUAAGUCCGCUCCUCCUGCUCCAAUGGUCAGAGAGGAAGCAGAUGGGAAGGACGAUGCAGCAGAGGGCCUGGUGAACUCCAGCCAGUCGCUGCUCCAGUGGUGCCAGGAGAUCACCAGUGGGUACCGAGGGAUAAAGGUCACCAACUUCAGCACGUCCUGGAGAAAUGGCCUGGCCUUCUGUGCCAUCCUACAUCACUUCCAUCCAGACAAAAUAGAUUUUGACAAGUUGGCCCCCCACGACAUCAAGAUCAACAACAAGAAGGCGUUUGACGGUUUCGAGGCGCUUGGCAUCUCUCGCCUGUUGGAGCCGUCCGACAUGGUCCUCUUAUCCGUCCCCGACAGGCUCAUAGUCAUGACCUACCUCAGCCAGAUCCGCUCACACUUCACCAACCAGGAGCUGAGCGUGCUGCAGAUAGAGCACAACAGCAGUCAAUCCAGCUACGGCCUCGCCCUUUCUGGUCCCGCUCCCACUAAUGUCGACGCUGCUGCUUUCUGCAUGGCCAGACUGAAUGAAGGAGUGAGCCUAGAGGAAGGAGGGAGCAGCACGCUGGUCGUCCCACCACCAAGGACCAAACGACUGCUUAAAGUUGAAGAGUCAUUAACCCCGGUCCCACCCCCACGGUCGGUAAACAAAUCAGUCAAACCUGGACCUGCUCAGGAUGAAGACACAAAGACAGGAAUCACUAGUAGUACAGAGUUGCAGAGUGCAGCUGAGACCCAGCCUCCCAAGCAAGAGGAGGAAACAAUGUGUUUGCAGGACACCAGCCAGUACGUGCUGAGUGAGCUGGCAGCGUUGGAGACGGAGCAGAAGCACAUUGACAGCAGAGCAGCUGUGGUGGAGAGGCGACUGCGAAGCCUCAUGGAAACAGGAAGUGACCGUGAUGAAGAGGAGCGACUGAUUCAGGAGUGGUUCACUCUGGUGAAUAAGAAGAACGCUCUGAUACGCAGACAGGACCACCUGGAGCUACUACAAGAGGAGCAGGAUCUGGAGAGGAGGUUUGAGCUUCUGACCAGGGAACUUCGUGUCAUGAUGGCUAUAGAAGACUGGCAGAAGUCGUCCACUCAGCAGCAGAGGGAGCAGCUGCUCCUCCAAGAGCUGGUGUCUUUGGUCAACCAGCGGGACGAGAUCAUCAGAGACAUCGAUGCCAAGGAGAGAGGGGCUCUGGAGGAGGAUGAGCGUCUGGAGCGCGGUCUGGAGAUGAGGAGGCGAAAAUAUAGCAACAAAGACAAAUGUGUCCUUCAGUGAGAAGAGAGGUCACUCACAAAUAGCUUUUACAACUGCGACCCUGAAGUCCCAGAAGAUGAAUCUUGGUCAUAAUUUUCACAUACAAGAUUAAAACAGGACUUCGGGCCUCCGUAUUUCCCUGUUUUUUUUAGUGCCUUUAUUUUCUUGGAGAACUGUUAUAAACCAUUAUGAGGAAGAUACAUGGGCUGAUAAAUUAAUAUCUGGUUUUGUCAAAGUCUCAUUAUUUUCUGUUUGUCUUAAGUAUUAUUUUGAUUCUGUUCACAUAUUUUUAUUUAUUUAAAGAAUGCGUCAGAAUGUUGUACAUCUAUUGCACAUGUGUGUUGUGUGUUUGUGUGUGUAUUCAUCUGUGAGUUUGUUCACCAUUUGAACACUGACUUCUCUUCUGCUUUCCCCCUCAACACACUGAGAGCUUGUCAGAAUCUGUUGGCUUAAAACCAAAAUGUGCCUUUCUGUUUUUUCUGGUGAUACUCGUCUUACGUUUCUGUUUUAGAUAUUUCCACCCUGAAAGUAAAAAAAAAUAUUUGGUUGUAACAUGCCAAGACAUGUUAGAUAUAAAAACAACAAAUCAUGAGCUGGACUCAAACUCACAAUAUUGAUAAUACAGGGUACAUGUUUUCACCUGAAGGAUGACCCCAACGUCACAUUUUUAUAAAGCAUUUCCACUUCCUGCAAUAUUGAUUUUCUUUUUUUGGACAUUAGAUGUUGAAAGUGUUCUCAAACCUUGUGUGCACACAGACCCUAAAUGCCUUAAAUCACCCAUAAAGUGUAUGGUUGUGAUGCUUGAUUCACAGAAAUGAACCUGUUUGCUCACUCCUGUGUCCUUUGACUACUGUAUGCAUGCUGUUUGAGGUGUGCUGAUAAAGUGGUACUCUGCUGCAUAUCACUACUGUAUACCUAGCACACACUGUACACCUGAAGUUGCUGUCUAUAUUUAUGAGGUGAAGAUAUGAUGAAUGAUAUUGAUAAAUAUGUUGAAGAAACAUAAAUAUUGGUUGGUUGCUUACA